GGAACUCGAUGCCAGAGCCUGUUCAUGACAUUGCGCAGGAAGUCCGGGAUGUUGCAGUCACAGCAUCUACUCUGACCAAGGAUGCCGAGAAAGAGUUUGGUCGCUUGCUGGCAAAGCUUCCACAAAAUGAGAGGGCGCUUGCAGCUACCGACGGCUUGAUUGGUCUUUUGGCUGAACCGCUGUCCUACGACUUCACCAGAUUGCUUCUCAAUUCAGUUCGAGCCCAAGCCGUGGAUGAUGUCUUGGAGCUCGGAGGACUUCAAAAGCAACUUCCAGACAAUCUGAGAAGUCUUCCAGCAUUUUGCUCCGUGGCAAAUGCGCGUACAGUCUAUGAGCCUGCGGUGGACAAGAGGGUGGAGUUCCUCCUAGAGUUGGAUGCAGAUGUCAAUUGCGAAGGUCGGCCGCAACGACCCCUCAUGUGCUGUGCGAUGAACGGUUGGGUCCGAACCGCGCGUCGUCUGCUGGCUGCAAAGGCCGAUGUGCUACUGUGUGAUGCGUCCGGAUCUGCUGCCCUUCAUUAUGCGUCAAUUCACCAUGAGGCUGAAAUGUGCGCCCUUCUGCUUGCAGCACGGGCUGAUCCAAGCAAAAAGGAUGGAUAUGGCAGAAGUGCAUGGGACAUCGUGAAGACGGUGAAGAGCUGCUGCUUGCCCCAAAUGCACCAAUUGCCAGCCUCCAUUCCCGAGGUGCUUCAAGCGCCGCUUUGCAGCUGGAACAUCUUACAGUUGGAGGCUCGCUCACUGACUCAGCAAAGGUUCAUUGAAGACUUCGUGGCAUUGAAACGGCCUGUCCUUAUAAAGCGUGGUGGCAGGACCUUUCAGAGCGUUUGCUCGGAGGACUGCUGCAGGUCCGGUUUCUCGUGGCAGAGGGAAGACCUUUUGCGGCAUGCCAGUGAAGCAAGAGCAAUGGCAUCAGAGAUUCCAUAUGGGUCUGACUUUGGGGUGGACCCGUCGGUGGAGCAACCGGUGACCCUGCAAGAGUUCCUGUCUGCACCAAGCGUGAAGCGUCGAAGGUCAACUACUGGCUUGGGGAUACAUGAGCCACAACAGAAGAAGCGCAUGUACUUCUUUGUGGCUGUUGACGAUGAGGCCCAACCACAACUCAGCAAAUUGUUUUCAAAGGCUUUGCACUUGGUGGUGGGUGGACCCUUGACAUUUCCUUGUUUUGACGUUUCAUCGGGCCCAUCCGGCUCCCCAUUCCGCAUCACAACACUUCAAUUCGCUGUCGGUGAAGAAGGCAGUGGCUCGCCAAUGCACUUUCACCAAGACGCUGUCAACUUGCUACUCAGUGGGAAGAAGCGAUGGUGGUUGCAACCUCCAAGCCUUGCAGCCAUGUCUCGGCUUCAUCCAUUAGAUGUCCAGAGAUGCGAUGGAGAGGCUUUGCAAUGCUAUGACACUGCCUGUGUCCUAGAGCAAGAAGUUGGAGAUGUUAUGUAUGUACCGGACAUGUGGGGUCAUGCUAUCCUGAAUUUGGAGCCGCACACCGUUUGCGCAGCAGCAGAAUUUGCGUGAGGUUAUUUUGGAGUUUCAAUGAGCCUCAUGCCGAUUGUGUAAGGAUGCUCUUUAUACUGAUGGCUGUCCAGCUUUACAUUAUGUAUAUUAUGCAAGGUGGCAAGGAACCUGGCGAGGCCCACAGACAACUGCCCUUCCUGACAAGUGUGGUGAUUGUGAAGCAAGCGAUCGCGCUUGCCGCGGUGCGGUCAUAUCGUGAUGCGAAUCGCAUUGAUCCGUGCAGCCCAUGAUAUGCCAUACGUAUGGAGCCAUAAAUAUGGAUGUGUUUCAAGCAGCAUAGCCUUGGCACAAUCAAAAUUCAAAGAAACCCCAAUCAAUCCGUAGAUUUGUCGCUUGGAAUGAAGACAUGCCACAGGAGCGGCAAA